AUGCCGUUGUUGUAUGCCUCAAGAGCCAAACACACUCGCUUUAAGUCCAUAGUGCAGAGAACCCGCCGUCUGCUGUGUAAUGGGGCGUCUGGAGCGAAUGGUAUACGGAAGUUGAGCCGCGGUUGCGGCAUAGCAGUGGAUAGCGGGGGUCAAUCAAUGGAAAAGGCAAAAUUUGUUGAGGCGCUUGAGGAAAGCGGCGUAUCGUUGGACAGCGAAGACAUUGAAGCAAUUGUUCAUGUGCUGGAUAGAAGUGGUGAUGGUGUUCUCGAUCCGACUGACUUUAUUGCGGCCCUUCGACGUAACCUCACACCACUGAAACUGACGUGGAUUACACGUGUAUGGUACACCUUUACUCAAAGUAAGGACGGGUCCGUGUACAUUGAUGAGGUUCUCAGCUCAUAUAACGCCGCCGGACACCCCGAUGUCGUUCAGAACAUUCGGUCGGAGCAGGGAGUCCGCUCAGAGUUUGAAGCUGCCUUCAGCACAACAACAAAUCCAGAUGGUGCCAUCACGCGGCAAGAAUUCGAACAGUACUGUUCCGGGGUCGCUGCGUUGUGCGCCAAUGACCUUGAGUUUCUAACGUUGAUGCGCGGUGUGUGGCCCGCUAGCGUCCGAACCCCACUGGAUGAAGAGACCAUGAGAACUCACAGAGAACAAAACCCCUGCAACAUGACCUUCAGUUCCUACCAGACUGCAGCAGAGAAGGGUGCCGUUACCGAUGUGAGAACUACCGUCGCAGUGGUGGAUGAUAUAAUCCUCAGCAGUCAUCGACCGGUUGUGAUCCAAUCCCCGUUGGCGGUCCGUCAACUGUCUAUUGCGCUACGCCGGCAGGACGUGCAGCGAAACUUCUUUCUUUCGCGUGAAACCUUCCUAGAAGUUUUGCGCGGACACCGGCUAUACUUAAAGGAUCCUGAGAGUGCCCUCACCGUUCUGGACACCGCAGGCGAUGGGUCAGUGGAUUAUCUUCUCUACAUGAAUCUCUUGCUUCCACCCCUCCCACCAGCCCGAUUGAUGAUGCUUGAGCGACUUUGGGAACUAUUCCCGAAGGACACGUGCGGGACCGCUGAUGUCAUCGAGUUGCACAAACGGUUCAGUGCGGAGGAUGGUGAGGAGCAGGAUGCGUUUCUUACCGCCUGGGAUGUUCGGCAGGCGCUGUACCGACGUUUCACCUUCGAGGAAAUUGUCGAGUGGCAUACUCCCCUAAGUGCUAUGUUCGAAUUAGACAACGACUUUGAGACAAUGUUAAAGAAACGAUGGGACUUCUCCUAA